UUCCAGCAAUUGAUUUUGUUUUGAUUUGAUUUCCUUUCACUUCGUACUCAUUACAAUUGAUUUAAUUUGUUUGUUAAUUUUAUUUUGAGAAAAGAAUAAUCUUAUUUAUCUUAAUUAGGUUGUAUGUUCUCUUUAUAGAAUCUGUGUUAUAUGUUGUAGCACAAGUGACAAUCAUCAUGACUUCGUUGAUACAAAAUUUGGCUCGAUUGGCUCAACAAACGUUUUCCAAGCAGGUAAAUGAAGAAUCGCUCAAUAGAUUAAGAAAUUUGGCCUCAAAUUUAACUGCCCGUGAUGUUGAUUUUAAAGGUGACCUGUUAGAAGAUCAAAAAAAUUGUGGCCUUAAAGGACCAACAGUUCAUGUUGAUAUUUGUGAAGAUGAUUUUCAUUCAAUAUCAAUAUUUGGUAUUCGUGAGGGUAAAAAAAUACCUCUUCAUGAUCAUCCUGAUAUGUAUGGUUUAAUUAAAGUGAUUCGUGGUGCUAUUAAGAUUAAAUCAUUCACUCAAUUGUCUGUUAAGGAAAUUUCAACCACCCCUAAAGAAAUUACAUCAAAAGUAUCUUGGAGACAAAGGCAUCUUCUUAUACCGACUGUGAUGACCGGAGAGAAAAUAGUUACCCAAUCAAAUGAAUCGUGUUUACUUUAUCCCAAUGAGAAUAAUAUCCAUGAGAUUACCUCGAUUGAAGGAUUAUCCGCUUUUGUUGAUAUUCUUUCACCACCUUACCAAGAUGGCGAACGAGAUUGUCACUUUUAUACUGUUCUUGGAACCGCUUUUGACCCCAAGCUAAAUGUCAACGUUACUUGGCUUCUUCAAAUCGACUCUCCGAGCUCCUAUUGGUGUGAUACAAUUCCAUAUUCAGGACCACCGGUUAGAUUAUGAAUAAAGGGUACGAUUCGAUUGAUAGAAACAAAAAAGUUCAUAGAUAACCUUUUGUAAAAGACUAUGAUUAUGCACCGAAUCGAUUGUUAUUAAUACUAACGUGAGAGUAACUAGUGACUAAAAAAACUCAAUUCAAUACGAAAAUGUAAAUUUCUAUGGUGUGAAUAUAUUUUAAUUGUCAAAUUAGUGAAUUUCAAUCUAGUUUUCUACUAAUUGUUUACAUCAAAUGUCAACCUUUUCUUUGGUGAAAAUCGUUUAUUUCUCCCAUCAUAGGAAUUAUAACUUAUCCCAUGGAUCGAUUACUGGUCAAUUGA